UUAUCUAUGCUUAUGUUACGAGCGCGUAAAUACGAUACGGAAAUUGUAUCGAUUUUGUGCGAAUUUUUUUAAAAGUUUUACAUGUUCAAUGAAUGGAAGCCAGUGCCUUGAAAAAGAAACCAAGUGUGGUAACGGUAGUGUCCUUAUGUCCAAUCAAUCUAGAACAAUGCCUACGUUAGAAUUAAAAGUUUACAUACGCGUAGUCGCGGUUGUGUUUGCGCUAUCCUCAGUAACAGCCUUUGCGUUGGCAUCCCUGCGGCUGCUCAACUGGAAUCUGUUUUACUUAGAGCACCUGGAUGGGGGUGAGUUAGGCGUCCACUACUUCAUUACGGGCCUCAUGCUCUGCAACAGUGCCAUAGGCUUCAUCAACAGCUGCGUCGUGAUAAACCGCAGCGCCGCCCGCAACACGGGCCGCAACAUCACCACGUGGCUGCUGCUGGAGUCGCUGUUCGAGGCCACCCGCGUGGUGUACGUGUUCGUCUGCGAGGUGGUCAUUAAGAGCCGGGGGCCGCUACACAUAUACGAGCUUCUCAUCAGCGUCGUGCAAUACUUGCUGAACAGCUUCCUGUAUUGCCAAAUGAUACUCAGACACUAGUAUAGGUACAUAUUAUGUUGUUUUAUUAUGAUAUUAUUUAGACUGUUACGAUGUUUAAGUGUUUUGAAGUAACGUGAGAUGUUUUAUUAUAGUAGACAUUCCAAAUAAUAGGGUUGUCACAAAUGAUUUAAACAAUUCUACUAUUAAAAAAACAUAGUGUUUGAAUCUUGUUAGUUGUAUCACAAAUUAUAUAAGUAUAAGGAUUUCUUAUCUUCUAUAACUUUGUUAUUUGCAUAAAAAGAGAUAUUUUAACGCAAGUCUCUAACUUUAAAGCUCUCUAUAUCAUUGUUGCUUAAAGCAGGAUUCACAUUAGAUUUAUCUUGACUUGACGUAUCGUUAUGCAUGUAUGUAUUGGUAAUGGAAGCCUACUCAUAUAUUUUUUAUAAUGUCGUACCUACUAAACUUACGCGAUAAACGCUUACGCAAGACUAAUGUGAAUCUGGCUUUACACUCUUCAAAACAAUUUAUAGCGUCAAAAUGACAUAUAGUAUGAAGAGGUGACAUUUUCUCCUUGUAUGAAAAUGUGUAAUGUUGACGUAAAAUGUGUUUCGUGUUUGUAUCUUAACAAAAUUCCUUUGUUGAAUAAGGUUGAAAGCCCAAGUUGUAAAUAAAAUACAUCAUUGAAUUAAUUGUAUAAUUAAAGAUUUGCCGGUGUUGUGCUAUUUCGUUUACAAUGCAAUUCUUUUUGACUAGUUAAAUUCAGUGGAUAAAAAGCGAUAAUUUAAACAAUGGACGUUUUAAAGUCAUCGGUUGAAUUUUAAUUGUAUAGGAAUCGCUCAGUAAAAUCGUAUUUUUUCACGCUGUUAUAAAAAAUCGUUAUUUUUACGAAAAAAACUUAAAUAUUUGUGACAACCCUAUCAAAAACUAGUACUUUAGGUCACCAAAACUAUAUUAUUGUAAUGAUCUCUGAAAUGGAAUCAAGUAUUAAUUUUAAUGAAAAGUGAGAAAUUAUUAGAGUUUAACUCCACUAAGUAACUAUAUACAUCUGUAUUUUCUGCUAUGGUAGAUUUUAGUAGCGGUUAUUUUUUUUAUGUAACCUAUCAUCACAUUCGUAGAAUUUAUUUUGUUUGUUAAAAAAUCACUGUGAUCUUUAUACGGUAAAAAAUUAUAAAUUAUAAUGUUCCUUUUUUUGGUUUUAUAUGGACUAAGUUUGAGAUUAUUUUAUGCCUCUUUAAAUGUAUUAAGUUUUCGAAAAUAUUAUAUAUUUAAGUAGGUACCUAUUUCAUGAUGAACGCUUCUCACGUAGCGGAUUGUGGUGCGUCGAUUUAUACUGAAUUAUUUAAACGCUUCGUGAGGAGCCACAAGUAACUUGGUACUACGUAUAGUUAAGUUAAGCUAAGAAUUGUUAAUGUUCAGGCACACUGCGACUAAAAUAAGGGUGGAAACACACUCACCACACUCCACCGGAAACGGGUUUCGCGUUUUUUGUAUCCGUCUCUGAAUGUUAUCUUGCCUAUCCUUACUAUUAUUAUAAAUGAGAGUGUUCGCUUGUUUGUUUGUCCUUCCUUCACGCCCUAACUCAGCAUGAGGAGCGUCGACCUCAAGUAACGGGGUUAGGUAGCCCUUGACUGCAAUACGUAAGUGAUGAUGCAGUAUAAGAUGGUAACGAGCUAACCUGUUCGGGCAGUUAUAUUAAACCCAUACCCUAAUCGGUUUCUACGCGACAUCGUGCUGGAACGCUUAAUCGCUUGCUUGCACGUCUUUGUCGGUAGGCUCGUAACCAGCCACGGCCGAUGCCUCCCACCAGACCAGACCAGAGAAAAUUAAGAAAUGGUAUAUACUCAUAUUGACCCCGCCGGGUUUUUUUAUAUUUAAUUAGGCGGCAGACGUAGCAUGUUAUAACCACGCAGAUAUUUGCCGAUGAUGUGUUGUUCGCAUAUUCGACAGAUUUAUUUUUAGGUUUUUAAAGUUUCACGGGAAUCAUUAUUUUUUUUUGGGAUAAAAAGUAUCCGUCGUCCUUCGUCAUGCAAGCUGUUGUAUAUGUCCAGAGGUUGAACCGAAUAUAGGUAACAAAAAAAUAAAUAAACAGACACCUUCGAACCAACCCGUUUCUUAAGGUUGUCUGGAAGAGACCGCUUUAGGAGUAAGUAAGACCGCCUUUGCGCGCCUCAUUGUCUAACCUAAAUUACUUGUUUACCUUUUAUAAAAUGUGCGUAUGCAAUAAAGUUUGAAACAAACAAACUUUCGCAUUUAUAAUAUUAGUAUAUAAACUAAGCAGUGUGUGUGGCAGACUUCCAUUUUACAAUUAAAAAUACUCAACAUGCGUCACUUAUCGAGGUAGUGGCACCUGUGAUAAAAAAAAAUAUAUUUAUGGACAGUAUUCAGAAAAAAGAUAGCAGAAAAUCGCAGUUUGCCCUGACAAAAAUAUUAGAUAACUUAUUAAAGAAUAAAACAAAAAAGCGUUAUUAUUUUAUACCCGAAUCUAGUUGCAACGAGUCUACUAGAAAUAGUUGACUUGGUUCCGGAAGGCAGAGACUCUUCUAGGUCCCUAGCCUUGUCGCCCAGGGACGAAUUCAUACGAAAACACUUUUUUUGACGAGGGUGAAAUCUGCUGAUUACGAGAUAUCCCCCCCCCUUUAUUUGACUGGCUGAGAGUCACGACAGCCUGUGCCACAUCGAACUGCCGUCUUCCUAUAAGAAAACCCCUGCGUGAUUAGUGAUAACACACAUCGCACCAACCACGUCGAGCAUAAAAUAAGUUCGUAACCGUAUGGAAUGAAUUGAAAGAACCCUAUUUUCUCUUUCAGAGAAAGAUUAGUGGAAUACAUAUUAUCAUAAUAAUAUCAACUCAGACUAUAAUUAUGCAACGACUGAAAAAAUAUAUGUAAUGAAGU